AACGAACGGCUCGCACAUGGUUUAUCCUUGUGGCUUUAAUCGUACAUGGACUAGGUUUGUUUCCGGGCAUGAGGAUGCCGCGUGUCGAACUGAAUUACGUGCCGCCCUUUCGCAUGAUAUGUAUACGGCUGCGCUUAACUCAUUCAUUGCGCGUGGCGAAGCAGUGUUCGGUUGUUCGGCGAGAAAGGUUUUCCGGCGUUAGUGGCAAAAUGGCAAACAGGAAGUUCUUUGUCGGUGGUAAUUGGAAAAUGAAUGGAGAUAAGAAGGGCAUUGAUGGUAUUGUUGAAUUUCUCAGUGCAGGACCUAUUGAUUCCAGUGCUGAGGUGGUCUGCGGAGCCCCGCAAUGUUACUUGGACUAUGCCAGGCAGAAGCUUCCCGCAAACUUCGGAGUGGCUGCACAGAACUGCUACAAAGUUUCCAAGGGAGCAUUCACUGGGGAAAUCUCGCCUGCCAUGAUCAAAGAUUUGGGAUGUGAGUGGGUUAUUCUUGGUCAUUCGGAAAGACGGAGCAUCUUCGGGGAGUCUGAUGAGAUUGUUGCUGACAAAUGCGUGCAUGCCCUGGAAGAAGGUCUCAGCGUGAUUGCUUGCAUCGGUGAGAAGCUGGAAGAGCGAGAGAGUGGGCAAACUGAAACUGUUGUAUUCCGUCAAACAAAAGCCAUUGCGGAUAAAGUCAAGGAUUGGGACAAGGUUGUUCUGGCUUAUGAACCAGUUUGGGCGAUUGGCACUGGAAAAACUGCUUCACCUGAACAAGCUCAAGAAGUUCAUGUCAAGCUUCGUGAAUGGCUGAAAACCAAUGUCAGUGCUGCUGUUGCUGAGAAAACCCGCAUCAUUUACGGAGGCUCUGUCACUGCAGGAAACUGUAAAGAUCUUGUCAAGGGCGGGGAUAUUGAUGGAUUUCUUGUUGGUGGAGCAUCUCUGAAGCCAGAAUUUAUUCAAAUCAUCAACACAAAAAUGUAACUUUGUGAAUUUAACCAUAACUGCAAUUUUUAACCAUAGAUACCCCAUGUUCCAUUUCUUGUUCUUGGUUCAAUGGUCUUUUGGCCAUGGCUCAUGUCCUUUUUUUGUCCUGCUGAAGUGGGUCAACAUUCAGAAUUUCAUUGGGAGGUGCUCGAAGAUCUAAGUCAUGUUCAUUGAUGGUGCUGUGUGGUUGAAUGUGGUGUUCAUGAUAUGUGCAUGAUGCUGCUUUGUGCAAUAAUGAUACCUGGUAGAAUCGAA